UUUCCUGAUACACCUCCCUCCUCGGCGGAAAGAAGUCUCUCCGUGCGCCGCCGGAGGAAGAAAUUACAAACAUGGCAGAGAAAGAGUUAUUGAAGUAUAGAUUUAACAACACGAAGCUUCUAGAAGAACACCUUACUCACUCUUCCUGUCCUAAUUCAGCUUCUAAUUACCAGUGGCUGGCGUUCAUCGGCGACGCCGUUCUCGGCAUAGCUAUUUUCAGUUAUUUCUUCGUGACUUACCCUGACGUUGAUUGUGGUAAGCUAACUGACCUUGCUAGAGUUGCCGUCUGGCACGGCCUCUAAAGGUACCUCCGCCGCGGUUCGGCAAUCCUGGAUGAAAAGGUGAAGGAAUUCGUGAUAACAGUGCAAUAGGAGGAGGAGAUGGAGUUCUAUGGAGGAAUGAUAAAAGCGCCAAAGGUUCUUGCAGACAUUGUGGAGUCGGUACUGGGGGUUGUAUAUUUGGAUUGUGACUUUGAUGUGAAUUCUGUCUGGGUGAAGAGGGAACUUUUCCAGGAUUUGGCCCCGUUAUUGUGGCACUCAUUUGGUAGUAUCUCUGCAUUCCUACAGAAGAAAGUUUCUAUCUACCCUGUUUUUUCGCCACCAAUCCCGACUCCUGCACAAUCCAAUGGAGUUUGUAAUGUACUAGCACUUCUUCAGUCAAUGAUGUCCAUAAAGUGGAAGAAAUGAAGAUUACUUGUUUGUGGCGUUAGGUUCAUUGAAGCGCUGGCUGGUGCAACACAAGAAUGUUGUCUUAGAUAACUACUCCAGCCCCAUAUUAUUCAUCAUAUAUUCCUUUGUAUCUGUACCCCUUUCUUAAUACAACAAGCAAGUCAACACCUCUUCAAUAUUUGAGGCUUACAAGUUUAGGUGUCAUUGGUGCCCUCGUGAAGGUAGAUGACACUGAAGUUAUUAGUUUUCUUGUUUCGACGGAGAUAAUUCCGCAUUGCUUGUGCACGAUGGAGAUGGGGAGUGAACUAUCAAAAAACAGUUUGUGGUUCCCCAAAGCCAUUUUCCAAUUACAUCCUCCCUUGAGUUGAUUAGAUUUUCGUGCAUCUAAUUAAUUCAUGCUGACAGGUUGCAACUUUCAUUUUGUAAAAAAUCCUUCUAGAUGAUGUGGGUCUGGAUUACAUCUGUAACACAUCAGAAAGGUUUUUUGAAGUAGCCCAUGUUUUAGGGAAUAUGGUUGGUGCUUUAGCUGAACAACCUUCAUCAAGAUUGCUGAAACACAUAAUCAGGUGCUAUCUUCGUUUAUCAGAUGAUCCAUGGGUUCUACAGUCUGUUUCCUCAUCAUGGACGACAACGAGCUUCAUUUGUCUCCUCCCGAGCAGAUGCUACCUCAAAGAAUGGACUCAGGAGGUCCUUAUCGUCUUCUGCACUGUUCAGGUCUUGGUGACAAAGAGGGAGUGAUGCAAGAGCUUGAGAAAGGAGUGGAACCCAAUUUGGUUGACUAUGAUAAGAGAACAGCACUUCAUUUAGCUGCCUCCGAAGGUUGUGAAGAGAUUGUUGUUCUACUUCUUAAGAAAGGAGCAGAUGUGAACUCCACAGAUCGCUGGGGUCGAACUCCACUCUCCGAUGCCCGUAACUUUGGUCAUGAGGAUGUCUGCAAGAUUCUAGAGGCCCAUCAUGGUUAUGAUCCGUUGGGUGAUUCUGAUACACCAUGUUGUAUGAUUGGUCAUAGUGAAGUGGACAUGAAGGAUGCAACUCUUAUUGGAGAAGGCGCAUAUGGUGAAGUUUAUUUAGUAAAGUGGCGCGGUACAGAAGUUGCCGCAAAAACCAUUCGCGCUUCCAUUGCAUCAAACCCAAUGGUGAAGAACGCUUUUUUGAAGGAAUUAGCAUUGUGGCAAAAGUUGCGCCAUCCCAAUAUUGUGCAGUUUCUCGGGGUUCUAAAGCAAUCUGAUCGAUUGAUCUUUCUCACUGAGUAUCUUCGAAAUGGAAGCUUGUAUGACCAAUUGAGAAAGAAAGGAAGACUUGAUCCACUGACAGCAGUUGCUUAUGCAUUAGAUAUUGCAAGAGGAAUGAAUUAUCUACAUCAGCAUAAGCCUCAUGCUAUUAUCCAUAGGGAUUUGACUCCUAGAAAUGUAUUGCAGGGUGAAGCAGGGCAUCUUAAAGUCACAGACUUUGGACUCAGUAAAAUUGCACAACAGAAGGAUUCUUAUGGUUACAAAAUGACUGGAGGGACUGGAUCAUAUCGAUACAUGGCUCCAGAAGUUUACCGUCGAGAAUCAUAUGGGAAGAGUGUUGAUGUUUUUUCAUUUGCUCUAAUCGUCCACGAGAUGUUCCUAGGAGGACCAUCAAAUAGGGAGGAAUCUGCAGAGCAAGUGGCAGAUAAGACAGCAUACGAGGAUUAUCGGCCACAUCUCGCGUCAUACAUAUUUCCUGAGCAAAUCAAGACGUUGCUUCGUGAAUGCUGGCACAAGAACCCUGAUCGUAGACCCUCAUUUCAAGAAAUAAUUGAUCGUCUUGAGAAAAUCCACGAGUCUAUGCAGGAUAAGAUAGUCUUGGGAACAUUCUGUAGCUGUACGAUAUUAUAAGUUGAAUCUUCUGAAGCUGGUCUGAUGUAUCACAUAUUGCAUUGCAUUUCAUUUCAUUUCAUUUCAUUUCUCUGGUUACGAAGGAGCUUCUGCAUAGCCCUUUCAGAUUUGAAGAAUACAUAAAUAACGUGAGUUUGCAGCAAAUUUUGUCAGAGUUUAACUUGUAUACACCGGCAGUGGUACACUAAUGUUAUUUUACCUUUAAUAACAACUUAUUUAUCAUGUUUUGCCGGUUACUAACCCAUGCUUGCCAUGAAAAGUUACAUGUAAUUCAC